GCAUGGCCCUAAAAAGACAAAAAGGAAGGAAGGAGGGAAGGAAGGAAGAAAAAGAAGUUUUGUAAAAGCUAUAUUCUAUAACCUCCUUUUGGAAAGUAACAAUAUAAAUCAGAUUUAAAACUUGGUAUACUUUGCAGGAAAGACACGUGUUUCACUUUGCUUAAAGUAUUUCUGAAUACCCUUGAGCCAUAGAAUACUUUUGUUCCAUUAAGAUGCAGGAAAAAAAGAAGACAUGAGUUUGGUGUAGAGUAGAUGUGUCAGGCUACGGAUGUGAAGGGAUUUCUCUUUCUCAGCUUCUGCGCUGUGGAAGUGCAUACAAGAGCCUGUAGAAACUGCAAGAAUGAGAAAGAGUAGAGCCCCAAAGUCAGCAGAUACAAGAAACUGCAAAGACAUUUCUGUAUUGAAUGGUCGGAAUAUGUCUCACUCCCUCUUUCUCAUAAACUUAAGCAACAAUUUAGGGUUGCAUUUGAUUGUUUAUAUCAUUCCACAUUUCCUCCCCUAUCUCUGUGAACACACACCAAGAGUCAGCAAGGGUUAGGAAUGCCUGGGUUUAAAUCCCAUCUCUGGGCUCUGUGACUGUGGGGCAAGGUACUUGGCUCUCUAAGCCUUGUUUCUUGAAAAAGCCUAAAAAUGGAGAUGACAGUGAGAAUUCUCAUUUCUUUCAUUUAAUAAAUAAUUACAGUUACGUUCCAUGCACUUGAAAUAGAAAAGAAAACAAUCCUGACAAAGUCCCAAUCGCUCCCAUGGGGACAGACAAUAAACAAGUAAAUAAGUAUGUAAAUAACCUCACUGUGGGGCAGUUGGGGCUGGGUAGGGGGCAUAACACCACACUGGGCACCCAGGGCAGGCUGGCCGAGGUGGGCAUUUGAGCGGAGAGCUCAGUGAUGAGAAGGAGCCAGGCACAGGGAGCUCAGGGAGAAAAGCUGAACAAGCAGAAGCCAAGUGCAAUAAAGUCCUGGAGGUGGAAGUGGCUCGGGUGGUUGUUGGGAGGCUGAGGAGUGGUAGGGAAAUCCCAAACCUCAAUAACAGAGAAAGGGCGAGGUGACGUGAUUGAGUUUGGAGGUCACAGGGUGUGGGAGAGGAUAAGGAAUCAGUAGAGGAGACCAAGGGCCAGAGGCCAGGAGGAGAACUAGGAGGACUCUGGUUCUGGGAAUCAUGGGGAGGGAGGUUUUCAAGGAGGAAAGAAGAGUCAAGGACAGGGAUGACUGGGAAAGGCUUUGACUAGACGGCUUUGUGAAGUGCUGUUUCCCCUCUCAGCUCACGCAUUGGGCCCCAUGGAAAUUUCCCUCACGGGCAUCAUGACCUUGCUUACCCUGGGCUCGGUCACCAUCUUCCUGGAGUCUGCUGUCUACCUGUACAAGAACACUCGCUGCCCCAUCAAGAGGAAGACUCUGCUCUGGAGCAGCUCUGCCCCCACGAUAGUGUGUGUGUUCUGCUGCUUUGGUCUCUGGAUUCCUCGUGCCCUGAUGCUCGUGGAAAUGGCCGUAGCCUCGUUUUUCGCGAUGUGCAUUUACCUGCUGAUGAAGGUCAUGGUGCAAGGCUUUGGUGGGCAGGAGGCAGUGCUGAGGACACUGAAGGACACCCCGAUGAGAGUCCACACAGGCCCCUGCUGCUGCUGCUGCCCCUGCUGCCCAAAACUCAUACUCACCAGGAAGAAGCUUCAGCUGCUGAUGUUGGGCCCCUUCCAGUAUGCCUUCUUGAAGAUAGCACUGACCCUGGUGGGCCUGUUUCUCAUCCCUGACGGCAUCUAUAUCCCAGCAGACAUUUCUGAGGAGAGCGCUGCUCUAUGGAUCAACACUUUCCUCGCUGUGUCCACCCUCUUGGCUCUGUGGGCCCUGGGCAUCAUUUUCCGUCAAGCCAAGCUGCACCUGGGUGAGCAGAACAUAGGAGCCAAGUUUGCUCUAUUCCAGGUGCUCCUUAUUCUGACUGCCCUGCAGCCAGCCAUCUUCUCAGUUUUGGCCAAUGGCGGGCAGAUUGCUUGUUCGCCUCCCUUUUCCUCUAAAAUCAGAUCUCAAGUGAUGAACUGCCACCUCCUCAUCCUGGAGACUUUUCUGUUAACCGUGCUGACACGAAUGUACUACCGAAAGAAAGAUGACAAGGUUGGAUAUGAAACUUUCUCUUCUCCAGACCUGGAUAUGAACCUCAAAGCCUGAGGUGGAUGGCUUGGGCAGUGAAAGACACAUAGUACUCAUUAGACGGGUACAAGAUUUCCUUAUAGUCCUUCAAUCUUGACCAACUGGGGAUGGAUUCCAUUGUCAGCAUGAGCUGGCAGAUUAUGGAUACUGGAUCAUAGAGAUGAAGGUGAACUAUGCAAUAGGAUGAAAUUGUUUAGGAUCUUGUCUGGGGAAUGUACAUUAAGUUUUAUAAUAAACAUACAGGAUGGAGUUUGAUAUUCUA